CACAGCUAAGGUAAACAGAGGGGAGUGCAAUUUAGAUGAAAUGAAACUCAGACUCGAGUCAAGACGAUUAAAUUCUACUUAUACAGAAGAGUUUGAUGAGAAAAAGGACAAACAGGUUUUCAGGUGCAAGAGAAGGAUCAGAAUUCACCAAGAUAACAUUUCAGCACCAUCUGACCAUGAAUGGCAUCACAUCCCCCACACCUUCUCUACAGGACACUCCUGUAUCCAUCUUGCAACACCUCAAAUGUUCCAUUUGCUUUGACGUGCUGAAGAAACCUGUCACUACCGGCUGUGGUCACACCUUCUGCAAGAGCUGCCUGAAUCGCCACAUAAGUAGCAAUAACCAAAACUGCCCAUUAUGCAAGCACAAGCUGUCCGAUGUAAAAGUGAACAUUGUCUUAAAUGAAAUUUUAAAAGAGGUCUUCAAGGCCCAAAAGCCAAGUCCAGAUGAGUUCACUGGACAGUCGGAGGAGGUCCCCUGCGACAUCUGCCCUGAUACUCGAAAAUAUAAAGCAGUUAAAUCCUGUUUAAGAUGCUUGUUGUCCUUAUGCAAAAACAUCUUAAGAGGCACGAGAACAAGUUGUUGUUCAGAGAGCAUAAGCUGGUGGCACCACAAAAUGAGCUGGAGCAGUGGGCAUGCAUUGUCCAUGGCAGGCCACUGGAGCUCUAUUUGGUUAACAAGGAAAAGUUAAUCUGUAGUCUCUGUGUGGAAAAAUGGACAAAUGUGGUGUCUGUUGAGGAAGAAAGGGACAGAAAACAGACAGAGCUGGGCAGUGUUCUAAGUGAGAUGAAACAGAAAAUCCAGCAGAGGGUGGAGAAAUUAAAGGAGUUGGACAAUUCUAAAGCAAACUGUCUGGCUCUGAUUGCCCAGGAGACAAAUGAAAUUCAAAAUGUAUUCAGUGCCAUAAAGAAGGAAGUCCAGAAGGCAGAAGAUGAGGCACUAAAACCUUUAAAAGACAGGAGACGGCAGGUGGAGCAGGAGGCAAAGAAGCUGGAAAGCGAUUUGCAGAGAAACAUCACCAAAUUGAGUAACACCAUCUCAGAUCUAGAAACUUUAAGACAUCAUGAAGACCCUGUCUUUUUCCUUCAGAAUUAUCCUUCUGUAAAAAUGGAAGAUUAUGACUGGAUAUCUGUUCCCUUGGAUACUGCUUUGAGCUUUGGAACAAUAAGGAACUUGGAGGCGACCAUGAUGGCUAAUAUUAAGAACGUGUUUGAGAAGCUUUCUAAAAUCGAACUUGCAAGGGUUAAGAAAUUUGGAGUGAAUGUGACUCUGGAUCCAGACACUGGUCAUGCACAGCUCCUCAUUUCUGAUGACAUGAGACAGGUCCGUUGGUCUGUGGAGAAAAAGGAUGCACCUGAUUGUGAUGAGAGGUUUGAUGUGUUUGGUAGCAUUUUGGGACAGAACCAGUUAACUAAAGGCAGGGCAUUUUGGGAAGUGGAGGUUGGAGACAAUCAAGGCUGGGAUAUUGGGGUAUCAAAUGAAGAGGCCAACAGAAAGGGUGCACUCUCUCUAAAACCAAGUGAAGGAUACUGGGCCAUUGUACAUUAUAAUGAUGACAGUUACACAGCUCUGGAAGACACACCUACCCAAUUGUUUCUUUCAAAUAAACCCUCUAAAGUAGGAGUGUUUUUUGAUUACAGUGAGAAGUUGGUCUCUUUCUAUGACAUGGAUGCAGAAACUCACAUUUACUCAUUUACUGACUGUGCAUUCGAGGCAGUAAUUAAACCGUACUUCAGUCCUCACCUUAAAGAGAAUGAGACGUUGGUCAUCUGUCCUAUCAUUUCCUGUUAAUAACAUCUCAAGUUAAUAUUUGUGCAACUGUACAUUUUUAAAGCUAUGCUUUCAAUGUAUCAAUGCUAUUAAUUUUAAGUACCCCUUAUAAAAGUAUGUACUGUUUUCUUACAUUCAUGACACAAAACAUGGCUUUUUUUUAAAGCUUUUUUCCUUCUGUAUAAUUCAGCAGUUGUACUGGACAGUUCAAUAUAUUGUAUGUGUAAAAUGUGGUGUGUAGAUAUAUCAGCAGGACUGCCUACCUGCAGAUAAAGAAGUCAAAAGCUUCUGUGGGUUUAAUAAAAUAUUUGAAUCCUUAUGCAUUUUAGAUUUCUUAAUUAGAUUCUGUCACUGUUGUCAGGAUCUGGGCCUAAACCUGGGUGGGAUUUUUAGCAGUUUUUCCACAGGGGGGUGUAAACCUGCAUGCAGAGGUACUGUAUACUCUAAUGGGUUGAAAGUUCCAAAUAUAGUUGAAAGUCUAAAAAUCACAAAAAUGUAAAUGUAAUUUGCAAUUCAAAAAGGCAGGCACCCACAAAAUCAGGUGGAAAUAUACAACAUGAAAGCAAAGCAAACAUCAGUCCACAAAUCACAAGAGGAAAAAAAGAAGUUAAAACCAAAAUCUUACACAGAGUUACUCAAGAUAGGACUGGAGACUGAGGGAAACCAAAAUGCAAGAAACAGACACCAUUACGUCAACAACCAAAGAAAACAAGUAAAACAAAGGGGGACCUUUAAUACUCACCGGAGUGGUUAGACAGUAGG